GCAAGGGGAACACGAUAUGAACAACAGUUCUAGUACAAGUGAUCACCAGAGAAGGGAGCAACGACAAGGUUCGUCUAUUAAGGCUAGUUUUUCACUAUCCGGUGUGAUCUAUGCUGAGUGGCGCCCCUCCUGAUUUAAAAGGGAAAAUAAGGGGGGAAAGGGGAACGCACCAUACCAGGCGUAGUGAAAAACUACCUCUAAGUCUAGUAGAACGAUGUCGAUGUCCUCUUCUUCUCGUAAAGGUCAUAGCGAUAGUCGGAAGGAGAGGGAGACCACUACUCCGAGACAACAUCAAAGUAGUGGAAGCAAUCAGAAGAAGCAACAGUCCUCCAUUAUGAUGUUGAAAUAGAAACACGCCGGGUGAUGUUAUUCAUACUCACUAUUGUAGCCCCUCCCGCCACGACAACUUAGAAGGAAAUGCAGCGGGUUAUCGGCUGAAUUACUCAUAAUACUUACUCGUUGUGUGGUACUAGUGGUCCUUUUCUUUUUGUAGUACAGAAGCUCAAGGAGAAGCAUGAACUUUACCACGAAAGUGUUCUAAGUACAACCGGGUCAAUUUUAUCUACCAUUCGUUCCAAAGUCGUUUUAUUUCUUUCUACUAGGACAUCUUAAAACGUAUACCCCUAUCUAUCUUCUAUAAUUUGAUUGCGUCUUUAUUCUAAGAGUGAUCUCAAUUAUAAGUACCCUUAUAUUAAUAUUAUCGAGCUUGCUUGUUCCUUCACAGCAAGUAAUUGCAUGGCACUCUACCUACUGCUUCAAAAUUUGAUAUUCUCAUUUCUUCUAAUUUGAGUGUUUAUUCUGCCUCGCGCCGUCCGAGUUGUCAUGUUUCCGAUGCUGAAGCUAAGUGGAGACAAGCAAAUCAAAGUAGCAAAGCAAAGGGCAGUCCUGCUACAGGCAAGUCAACAACAACUGACAAUCCUAGUGCAACGAAAGGAACAAAGUUAACACCUGACAAUCCUA